GCCCCUCUCCCCCGCCCCACGCUGCUAGGCGCGGCCGCGCGCGCCGCGCCGGCUCAGUGGAGGCGCGCGGAGCCAGGAAGGCGCGGGCGCGGCGGGAGGCGAGCGGACCGAGUGCGCUCUGCCCGGCACCACCUGCUUGCCCGCGAAGCGCGAGGGGCCUCGCAGAGCCCGGGACUAGCGCAGGGCCCAGAGAAGGCCAGCGUCGGGAGCGUGAGCCGAGCCCCGCUCCCCGGGGCGCGCACUCUGGACGGCGGCCCCCUACCCUGCCUCGCGUGCCCUCUCUCCGCUGAGGGCUCCUUCCCCUCCGUCCCUGCCUGGAUUUGCAGCCGGGAGGCACCCACCCACCAUGCACCUCAACAGCUCCGGGCCCAGCGCCCCGGGGGCCGACCUCUUCCCGCGCCCGCAGGUGGAGCUGGAGGCGGCGCUGCCGGCCCCAGACGCCGGCAACAGCUCGGCCAAUGGGUCAGAGUGCGCCCACGCGGCGCCCGGCAGCCAGUUGGACGUAAACACCGACGUGUACUCCAAGGUGCUGGUGACGGCCGUGUACCUGGCGCUGUUCGCCGUGGGCACGGUGGGGAACGCGGUAACGGCGUUCACGCUGGCGCGCCGGAAGCCGCUGCAGAGCCUGCAGAGCACCGUGCAUUACCACCUGGGCAGCCUGGCACUGUCUGACCUGCUCAUCCUGCUGCUGGCCAUGCCCGUGGAGCUGUACAACUUCAUCUGGGUGCACCACCCCUGGGCCUUCGGCGAAGCCGGCUGCCGUGGCUACUACUUCCUGCGCGACGCCUGCACCUACGCCACCUCCCUCAACGUGGCCAGCCUCAGCGUGGAGCGCUACCUGGCCAUCUGCCACCCUUUCAAGGCCAAGACCCUCAUGUCCCGCAGUCGCACCAAGAAAUUCAUCGGCGCCAUCUGGCUGGCCUCGGCGCUGCUGGCCCUACCCAUGUUGUUCACCAUGGGCCAGCAGCGCCGGGGCUCAGACCGCCAGCAUCCGGGCAGCGUGGUGUGUACCCCCAUCGUGGACACCGCCACGGUCAAGGCGGUGAUCCAGGUCAACACCUUCAUCUCCUUUGUGUUCCCCAUGGUGGUCAUCUCCGUCCUGAACACCGUCAUCGCCAACAAGCUGACGGUCAUGGUGCGGCAGGCGGCUGAGCAAGGCCCCGUGUGCACGGUGGGGGAGCGGCUCGGCGUGCUGGGCUCGUCCGUCGAGCCUGGCCGGGUGCAGGCCCUGCGGCACGGCGUCCGUGUGCUCCGCGCCGUGGUCAUCGCCUUUGUGGUCUGCUGGCUGCCCUACCAUGUGCGACGCCUCAUGUUCUGCUAUAUCUCAGACGAGCAGUGGACGCCGUUCCUCUACGACUUCUACCACUACUUCUAUAUGCUGACCAACACGCUCUUCUAUGUCAGCUCGACCAUCAACCCCGUGCUCUACAACCUGGUGUCCGCCAACUUCCGCCACAUCUUCCUGUCCACACUGGCCUGCCCGUGUCCCCUGGGGUGGCGCAAGCGGCGGGCGCCAGCCCUCUCCAGGAAGGCCAACAGUGUGUCCAGCAGCCACACCUUCUCCAGCCACGCCACCCGCGAGACGCUGUACUAGGGCCCUGCAAGAUGCGGGGAGCCUGGAGCGUGUGGGUCAGCCAGGGGCCAGCAGCCGGCUGGGGUGGCCAGGGGCCAGGGCCUGUACCUUCUCAGCU